GGGGAGGGGAGAGACACCCCGGAGUCUACGGUGCUCCCGCUGGAGGGCUGGGAAGGAGGGUGCAAGGGAGGUGCUCUCUGCACCCGCCCGCCGCAAAGCUCUUCUGCCUCCGCACCACCGAGCACCCCCUCGGAGGAGGCCGCCGGCCUGCGAGCUGAGGGGGGCUGCGUGUCUCCCCCGACCCGCCCCCGCACCUCCUAAGCAGGUUGCAGCCGCCUCAGCAGCCGCAGCGCUUUCACCUGCGCAGCCCUGCGCCGCGCCGCCAUUGGCUCGCUAAAAAUGCCUCGCUAAUCUGCGCCCAUCUGUGCGCGCCUCCUCCCUCCGCCUCCUCCUCCUCCUCGGCUCUGACCUUCCUCCUUAGCGCAGCCCCUGCGAGAUCUGGAGGGACGCGGUGGCGGCGACGGCGGCGCAGCCUCUCUUCCCCCGGGAAGUCGUCCGGGCUUGAGGCCGGGUCCCCGACGCCCCGUUUGGCCUCGCGGCGCCGCGGAUGGUGCCGGGCGCGCCUGCCCCCAGCACAUGAGCAGCCAGCCUGCUGACCGCCACUCCACACCUGUCCACCCCGCAACGGCCACACCAUGUCUGGUUCCUACGAUGAGGCCUCGCUCGCUCCAGAGGAGACCACCGACAGCUUCUGGGAGGUGGGGAACUACAAGCGGACGGUGAAGCGCAUCGAUGACGGGCACCGGCUGUGCAACGACCUGAUGAACUGCGUGCAGGAGCGCGCCAAGAUCGAGAAGGCGUAUGCGCAGCAGCUCACCGACUGGGCCAAGCGCUGGCGCCAGCUCAUCGAGAAAGGCCCACAGUAUGGCAGCCUGGAACGGGCCUGGGGUGCCAUGAUGACGGAGGCGGACAAGGUGAGCGAACUGCACCAGGAGGUGAAGAACAGCCUGCUGAACGAGGACCUGGAGAAGGUCAAGAACUGGCAGAAGGAUGCCUAUCACAAGCAGAUCAUGGGCGGCUUCAAGGAGACCAAGGAGGCUGAAGACGGCUUCCGCAAGGCCCAGAAGCCCUGGGCCAAGAAGAUGAAGGAGCUAGAGGCAGCCAAGAAGGCCUACCAUCUGGCCUGCAAAGAGGAGAAGCUGGCCAUGACCCGGGAGAUGAAUAGCAAGACGGAGCAGUCGGUGACACCUGAGCAGCAGAAGAAGCUGCAGGACAAAGUGGACAAGUGCAAGCAGGAUGUGCAGAAGACACAGGAGAAGUAUGAGAAGGUGCUGGAUGACGUGGGCAAGACCACACCCCAGUACAUGGAGGGCAUGGAGCAGGUGUUUGAACAGUGCCAACAAUUUGAGGAAAGGAGGCUGGUCUUCCUCAAGGAGGUGCUGCUAGACAUCAAACGUCACCUCAACCUAGCUGAGAAUAGCAGCUAUGUUCAAGUGUACCGCGAGCUGGAGCAGGCCAUCCGGGGGGCCGACGCCCAGGACGACCUCAGAUGGUUCCGCAGCACCAGCGGCCCUGGCAUGCCCAUGAAUUGGCCCCAGUUUGAGGAGUGGAACCCAGACCUCCCGCACGCCACCACCAAGAAGGAGAAACCGCCCAAGAAGGCAGAGGGGGUAGUGCCGACCAAUGCUGCUGGGAUGGUGGAGUCCACAUCCCAGGCUGGGGACCGUGGCAGUGUUAGCAGCUACGACAGGGGCCAGACUUACGCCACUGAGUGGUCGGACGACGAGAGCGGGAAUCCAUUUGGGGGAAAUGAAGCCAACGGGGGCGCCAACCCCUUCGAUGAAGACGCCAAGGGAGUGCGUGUGCGGGCGCUCUACGACUACGACGGCCAGGAGCAGGACGAGCUCAGCUUCAAGGCUGGAGAUGAGCUCACCAAGCUUGGCGAGGAGGACGAGCAGGGCUGGUGCCGCGGGCGGCUGGACAGCGGGCAGCUGGGCCUCUAUCCCGCCAACUACGUGGAGGCCAUCUAGCUACCCUGCUCCCUCCACAUCACCCCCACUCCUCACCCACCGCCUCCCCUCCCUGCCCACUCUUGUCCUCCUCCCCUCGCCAUAGAGUUCCAGACAUAUUUUCCAAUCAAGCUUUUAUUUUUUUAAAAGUCAAAACAGAACAAAACAAAAAAAUACUAAGAGACAGAGCAUUUGCCUGGAGGCCAGGGUGGUGGGACUUGGGGUGAUGGCCCCAGGGUAGGUGAGGGUCUUAGGACUUAGCCCAACAGCGACAUCACAACAUCUGCUCUUCAGAUCCCACCAGAGAGUCUCCUGAGCCCAGAGGGGUGUCUCCUGGACCCUUUCAUCCUGCCUCAGUCCCCCCAGCCUUCCCCUCCCCACUCCAGGCUGCCAGCACCUGCCGCCAUCUUCUGGGCCUGGUUUUAUGACCUCUGCCUCCAGCCCCGCCCUGCUCCCCUCCCACCACCUCCCUAUUGUGAAAGACCUCCCCUGCAGCCCCCCAAGAAGGGGGCCUUCUCUUUAGUCUUCCACUCUGCCUGGGGAGUACCCUUCUCCUAGCCUUGCGCCUCAGGACUGGUGGGGCUGGAGGAGGGAUAGUCACCCUCUUCUCCCAUAGAGCUUUCCAGGGGUCCCUAGACUCCCCAGGACAUGAAGAGAGGUGAGUUGGAGUUGGUGACAGUGUGACUGGGGUGUAGGAAGGUGAGUGAACGGGGAGCAGGCUCAGCGGAAGGACCAGGACCCUGCUGGGGCCCUUCUUUGCAGCUGUCAGUACUUCCGGCACAGGCUCUUCCUCAGACCCCUGCCCCCCCCCCCCCCCCGCUCUUGUAAGGCCUCAGGCCGUGCGGAGGGGCCCCAAAGCCCAGCGCAAAGCCAACAACGGUAGCAGCCUCCUGGGGAGGAGGGCCUCUUGCCCUCCCUGCCUCCCUCCCUCCCUCCAUGUCCAUCUAAAACUGUAGAACCACUGGGCUAAGCUGGCCUCCCAUGCCUCUCUCCCCUGCUCUGGCCUGCCUGGGGAGGCACUGGGGACCCGGUGCCUGUGGCCAAUGGGAGAGGCAUGGGUUUGCAGGAGGGAGGAGCCCCGGCCUCAGGAGCAGGACAGCCGCCAGGUCUUUCUUCCUUGUCCCCUCUCGCCCAACCCCAGCCCCUGGCAGCCCCUCCUGCUGCCAGCCCCUCCAUCUCUCCAAGCCCGGGUCUCAGUUAAAGGACUUUUGUGGGUGGGAGGAGGCAAAGGGCCUCCUGCAAGAGCAGGAGUGUUUCCUGUGGUUGGUGAAAGGAAGUGGUGCUGGAUUACCAGGUAUUCGUACCAGGUACCAACCAGCCUUGCCCAUAGGAGUGGGGCGAGGGUGCUUGAGAAGCCGACCAGGGCAGGACAAGACCCAAUGAGGUAGGGGAAUGAUGGGAAGAGGAGUCUCGGGAACCUCCGGGGUGAGGCCUUGAGGCUUCCUGCAGCACCAGGUGAGGUUACUGCUCACAGCUGACGCCACUUCUGAGCUUCGGGCCUGCAGACACCCUACCCGCCCAGCUCCAGCAGCUCCUGGACCCCGGGCCUCCAGGUAAAGACAGUGUGAUACCCCAGCCCCUCCAUCAGCCUCCGUCCUCUUGCUCCGUGCUUCUUCUCCCAGCAGCCCACUCAGGAGGUCGCAGACCCCAGCCUCAGGGCCCUGAGCCUGGUCAUGUGAGGACCUGGGCAGAGUCACAGGGGCCUGAGCUGGUGCAGGCCUCCUUUGGGGCCAGGGGAGUUGGGGGUUUGGGGACAAUGGCACCCCCAGGGUCGGGCAGACUCCCCUCUCAGCGCCCCUGUUCUUGUUACUGUCUGCCUUCUGGGCCUCUGCUGCAGCCUGAGAUGUGCCCUAGGCCCCUCAGAGCCUGAACUAAGAUUUCGGAAGCCUCAGGCCUCUGGACUUCAGAACAAAAGCCUCUUCAGCGUCUCCCCAAGGGCAGGAGUUGGGGUUGGAGGCCUCUGCGCCUUGGAAGGCAGGAAGCGAGCACAUCGCACCUUGGGUCUGGGCUCCCCCUCUCUGUGCCCGCGGCCUCCUGGUACCUGGGGAGGGGCUGUGGCCCUGGCUGGACCCCAGGCCUGUCCCCCUCAGCACUCUAGCAGCCCACGCCGGGGCAGGGACUCGAAACCCAUUCCUUCUGAGCAACCACCUCCACGGCCCUGUUGGGGACCACUCCCUCUCAGGACCCCAGGGCAGGAGGGUCUCCCACCCGGAAGUCCCCCUGAGCCCCACCUGUCAGUGCUGGUGUCAGUCACUCAACGCCCACCGCCUCCUGCAGCCCCCGUCCGCCCCCUGGAUGCUGCGCAGGGCGCUCUGCGGGGCUCGGCGUGUACCGUGUUUUGUCCCCAGUUAAGCGCCCUUUCUGCGGCCUGGCUCUGCGAGGAGCCGGGGCUGCCCCGCCGCCUGCCACCCUAGGCUUCCUGACUCCAUUAGUCCAACACCUGUGAAACUCCGAGAAGUGCUGUGGUCUCAGCAAUGCACCCGUUUUGUACAUGAUUGUGUAAUUUAAAGGUAUAUAAAUACAAAUAUAUAUAUAUAUAAGUUGUGACUGUAUGACUGUCGAUAAAAUCCAGAACUGUGUCACCCUG